AUUUAGUUUGGUUUAAUGAUUCUGAACUCUAGGCCUUCUUUGUCUUUUGAAAGAUACUUUAUUUUCUCUCUCCUCUAAUGAAGGUGUUUGGGUUUUUUCCAGAGUUUUAUGCUAAACGUUUUCAUAUGUUACCGCCAAAUUUUUAGCCAGUGAACUCCAUAAAGGCAAGGGGUAAAUCUAUACUAUUUAUUCCAAAUCCUUACAUGUGUGUUUUUAAAAUAUGUAAAUGAAAAGAGUAAUGACAUUAAUGAUUAAUAUUGACUGAAUUCAAAAGUAUUUACAAGAGUAGAGGAGGAAUAUAUUUGAAAUUCUCAAGAAAUGACCUAAAUAAAAUAUUAUUUCCUCAGUCCAGGACAUCUUAAUAAGGUCUUGUCAGCAUUCAAAACAGCACUAAUUAAAUGCUCAGUAAAGACCCGUUUGGAUCCUGAUUCAGACAAAUUAACAGUAAAAAAUUUUUGGAGAAAAAUAAGGAAAACCAAAUGCAGACUGAGUAUAAGUUAUAUCAAGGAAUUAUUGCUAACUCUGUUGACUGUAAUAGUGCAUCAUAGUUAUAUUUUAAAGUCUUUAUCUAUUAGAGAUACUUGGUAAAGUAGGGGUAAAGAUAUAUGAUGUCUGGGAUUUGCUUUAAAAUACUACAGAUGUAUUCAUGAAUUACUUGUUCAAGAGAAAAAAAAUUUUACUGAAAAAAAAUCAUGGAAACACAUGGUGGCGCUGUAGGAUAAAAUGACAUUAGCGCAUGGACAACACUGUGGGCUUCAUUAUUCUGGGGAACAGAGACCAUUCAAACCACUGAAAAGAGAAGCAGUAAAGGAGCUUCAUCUACUAAAGCUGCUGGAGGGCUAUAUACCUUCCGGGGGGCGUUCUUAUUUUAAAAAAUUGAGCGUCAGCUUCCAAAAUUAGGGCUGAACUUAAAAUUUUCUACAAAAGAGGUUGCUGGAAGGAGCCAUGGAGAUCAAAGGGGAGCUCACUCUGCGGAAAAGGCAAGUCUUGAUUUUCUUUGUUUUACUGGGAUUAUCUCAGGCAGGUCCUGAAUCUGUGCAAUAUUCUGUGGCAGAGGAGACAGAAGUUGGUUCUUUUGUGGCCAAUCUUGCAAGGGAUUUAGGGCUUGGCGUGGAGGAGCUAUCCUCACGGGAGACCCGAGUAGUGUCGGAUGAUAAUGAAAAGCAUUUACAUCUUGAUUUACUGACCGGGGAUUUGCUCCUAAAUAAGAAACUGGACCGAGAAGAGCUCUGUGGCUCCACUGAGCCCUGUGUGCUGCAUUUUCAGAUGGUUUUAGAAAACCCUUUACAGUUUUUUCGGGCAGAACUGUAUGUCAAGGACAUAAAUGAUCACUCCCCCACGUUUCUGGACAAGCAAAUACUUAUUAAAAUAUCAGAAAGUACCAUUACUGGAACCACAUUCCUAUUGGAGAGUGCCCAAGAUUUGGAUGUAGGAACCAAUAGUCUCCAAAACUAUACAAUUAGCCCCAAUUCUCAUUUCUACAUUAAAAUCCGAGAUAGUAGUGAUGGGAAGAUAUACCCAGAACUGGUCCUAGACAGAGAAUUAGAUCAUGAAGAGGAGCCUGAGCUCACAUUAACACUCACAGCACUGGAUGGUGGAUCUCCACCCAGGUCUGGGACAACUUUGGUUCUCAUCAAGGUCUUGGACAUCAACGACAAUGUCCCUGAGUUUGCUCAGAGUCUCUAUGAAGUGCAUGUUCUGGAGGACACACCUGUUGGCUCCUGGAUUAUUACCAUUUUUGCUAAUGAUUUGGAUGCAGGAAAUUAUGGGAAAAUAUCAUACACAUUUUUGUAUGCUUCAGAAGAUAUCCGUAAAACAUUUGAAAUCAAUCCAAUAUCUGGGGAAGUUCAUUUGAGAUCAUGCCUGGAUUUUGAAGUAAUACAAUUCUACACUAUAAGUAUUCAGGCAACAGAUGGUGGGGGUCUUUCAGAAGAAUGUACUCUUGUGGUUAAAGUAAUAGAUAUAAAUGAUAAUCCACCAGAAGUGACCAUAUCAUCAUUUACAAAGUCAAUUCCAGAGAACGCCUCAGAGACUCUGGUUGCUCUUUUUAGUGUACGAGAUCAAGAUUCUGGGGACAAUGGAAGGAUGGUUUGCUCUAUUCAGGAUGAGCUCCCCUUUUUUCUGAAACCAACCUUCAAGAACUUUUUCACUUUAGUUUCGGAAAAAGCACUGGAUAGAGAGACAAGAUCCGAGUACAACAUCACGAUCACCGUCAGUGACCUGGGGACCCCCAGGCUGAAAACCCAGCACAACAUCACCGUGACGGUCUCCGACGUCAACGACAACGCCCCCGCCUUCAGCCAGACCACCUACACCCUGCGCGUCCGCGAGAACAACAGCCCCGCCCUGCACAUCGGCACCGUGAGCGCCACCGACAGAGACGCGGGCGCCAACGCCCAGGUCACCUACUCGCUGCUGCCGCCCCGGGACCCGCACCUGCCGCUCGCCUCGCUGGUGUCCAUCAACGCGGACAACGGGCAGCUGUUCGCGCUCAGGUCCCUGGACUACGAGGCGCUGCAGGCCUUCGAGGUCCGCGUGGGCGCGGCCGACCGCGGCUCGCCCGCGCUGAGCAGCCAGGCGCUGGUGCGCGUGCUGGUGCUGGACGACAACGACAACGCGCCCUUCGUGCUGUACCCGCUGCAGAACGGCUCUGCGCCCUGCACCGAGCUGGUGCCGCGGGCGGCCGAGGCGGGCUACCUGGUGACCAAGGUGGUGGCGGUGGACGGCGACUCGGGCCAGAACGCCUGGCUGUCGUUCCAGCUGCUCAAGGCCACGGAGCCCGGGCUGUUCGGCGUGUGGGCGCACAACGGCGAGGUGCGCACGGCCCGGCUGCUGAGCGAGCGCGACGCCGUCAGGCACAGGCUGCUGGUGCUGGUCAAGGACAAUGGCGAGCCGCCGCUGUCGGCCAGCGUCACGCUGCACGUGCUGCUGGUGGACGGCUUCUCGCAGCCCUACCUGCCGCUGCCGGACGUGGCGGCGGCCGAGGCCCGGGCCGACCCGCUCACCGUCUACCUGGUCAUCGCCUUGGCGUCCGUGUCGUCGCUCUUCCUGUGCUCGGCGCUGGCGUUCGUGGCGGUGCGGCUGUGCAGGAGGAGCGGGGCGGCGUCGGGGGGUGGCUGCGCGGUGCCCGAGGGCCACUUUCCGGGCCACCUGGUGGACGUCAGCGGCGCGGGGACCCUGUCCCAGAGCUACCAGUACGAGGUGUGUCUGACGGGAGGGACUGGGACCAGCGAGUUCAAGUUCCUCAAGCCCAUUAUCCCCAGUCUUCCAGUCCCUGACACUGGUAGACAUACAGGGGAAAAUGAGAACUUCCGCAAUAGUUUUGGAUUCAACAUUCAAUAAAAUACUUUAUUUUAAACUUCGAGUCCUUUGUUAUUCUUGACAAUCUCUGGAUUGUUUUUGCAAAUCUGGUAUGCAUAUUAGGUUGUACCUCAGUUGCAUGCAUUAUCAUUUCUUCCACUCUCCUCACAAAUAUAUAUUUGUGGCCAUAAUGAAGUGGAAAUAUAAUCUGUGUGUUUUCUAGGUUUUUUUUUUUUUCGAUUGUUUGGUCAAAAAUGUUACAUUAACGGAGUUAUUGCUGAUUUUUUGUUGUGAUAAUGGCAUUGCUGUUAUGCAAGACAAUGUUACUAAUUAUUUGGAGGUACAACUUAAGUAUUAAGAGUGAAUGCCGCAAUAUAUGUAAUUUAUUUGUAGAUAUUUUAUCAAAGAGAAAGCAAAAAUAAAAAAUGCUAUUGAA